AUGGGCAGAACACCAUCAACACCGAACGGCUUGAGAAACCUCCCCCAAGAUUGCUGGGUGCAGAUUCUGGAUCAAGUCUCACCCUCUGACACUGCAUCCGUAGUGGCCACAUCUCGAGGCCUACAGUUCUCCUCGGAGAGCUCAUUGUAUCGCCAAGUCGACAUUGACUGGACCAGACCCCCCCUCAAGCGGGUCUUAACUUUAUUCCGUGUCAUUUAUGAACGUCCAGAUCUUGCCGCGCACAUUCACCAUGUGAGCAUGAUCUCCUCGAAACUGGUAUAUCCAGCAGCGGACCAGGAAGACGAGUGGGAGGUACCUCAAAUUGAUGGAAAUUGGAAUGAGUUCUCGUCUCUGUUCCAGGAUGAGGUAAACGCUGCAAAAGAUAUCAUCACCAAGGCACAGUUUCCCUCGUCAAACAAGUGGAUACAUGCCCUGGAGCAUGGUAAUCCAUACGCAUUUGUAGCUGUUCUACUCUCUCAGCUCCAUAAUCUACGGUCGCUGCAACUUGAUUACACCUUUGUGUGGCAAACUGGGUUCCCGGGGUUGAUGAUAAGACAUGCUCUUCUCUCUGCGCCUGAGAGUAGAUUAUCUCGAUUUUCUGAACUCUCCGUUGUCGAAUACGGUCUGAAUGUUCCAGGCUCUAGAAGGUUCAACGAAACAAGAUGGGAUUUCAUAGAUGCAUUCCCCGUUUGUAACCCAGAUCAAUUUGCAGGCUGGUUCUACCUGCCUUCUUUGAAAUCUCUGGAAAUCUGGCUCCAAAAUUUCGAAGGUGUCAGUAACGAGCUGUCCAAUCCUGUUAAAUCAAGCAAGCUAGCGCACCUAGCCCAGCUUGAGAGGCUUGUAUUGACUGAAUCCUCUGUUGAGGAAGAGGAGGUCAGAAACCUUUUGUCGCACCUGUCUUCGCUGAAGAGUCUUCACCUAGGCAUUGCCUACCCAUCACAGGAUAAGGAACUCGAUUAUAACUGUUGCUCUCCUCGGCCUCCUCUCAAAAACCAAGGUGUGCUACUUGAAGGAUUGAUGAGUGUUAAGGACACAGUUGAACAUCUUUCCAUUGGCAUGGAGCUUUGUCCACUUUAUUGGCCUAGUGUUUGGGGCGCAAUAGAACGUGACAAUGGUACCCCGCAAGAAAAUUUCAAGCCAUUCAGAGGAAUUUUGAAACGGUUCCCGAUUCUUCGAACAGCAGAGCUGCCUGCAGUGAUGCUUUUUGGAUGGACUUGUGACGAUGCACCAACUAUGUCUAAGCUUCUACCGGCAACACUUCAGAAGCUCACCAUUCGAGACAAUUUGGGCAAUGUGGAGCAUUUCGAGUGGGAGACAGAUAAAAUUGCAGAAGCAAUUCAGAACUUCCUCCCAUUUGCACAUUCUGUGACUCCUCUGUUGAACACAAUUACAAUUCGAGGCUUUGAUAUGGGAAAAGAGGAAGAAGUUGACCCAGACGAGUCCACGGGGGCUAGAUCAUUGUGCGAAGAGCUAGGACUGGAUAUAGAAAUUAGUAUGAUACAGGAUAAUCUCUCGCCGGGACUUUGGACGACAUACAGGGAACUUCAAGAAGGAUCUCGGAGAGACUGCCGGAAUUAUGGAUGA